CUGCCUGGGUCGGCGCCGUUUCCAGUUGAGAGAUGGCGGCCGCCGCAGGUAGAUCGCUCCUGCUGUUCCUCUCCUCCCGAGGCGGCGGCGCGGGCGCCGGCGGCUGCGGAGCGCUGACAGCCGGCUGCUUCCCCGGGCUGGGCGUCAGCCGCCACCGGCAGCAGCAGCACCACCGGACGGUGCACCAAAGGCUUUCUUGGCAGAAUUUGGGUGUUGUUUAUUGCAGUACUGUUGUGCCCUCUGAUGAUGUGACAGUGGUGUAUCAAAAUGGGUUACCUGUGAUAUCUGUGAGGCUACCAUCCCGGCGUGAACGCUGCCAGUUCACACUCAAACCUAUCUCAGACUCUGUUGGUGUGUUUUUACGACAACUACAAGAAGAGGAUCGGGGAAUUGACAGAGUUGCAAUCUACUCACCAGAUGGUGUUCGAGUUGCUGCCUCAACAGGGAUAGAUCUCCUCCUCCUUGAUGACUUUAAGCUGGUCAUUAACGACUUAACAUAUCAUGUCCGACCACCAAAGAGAGACCUCUUAAGCCAUGAAAAUGCAGCAACGCUGAACGACGUAAAAACACUAGUCCAGCAGCUAUACACUACACUCUGCAUCGAGCAGCACCAGCUAAGCAAGGAGAGGGAGCUUAUCGAAAGAUUAGAGGAUCUCAAAGAGCAACUGGCACCCCUGGAAAAGGUACGAAUUGAGAUCAGCAGAAAAGCUGAGAAGAGGACCACUUUGGUGCUAUGGGGUGGACUUGCUUACAUGGCCACACAGUUUGGCAUUUUGGCCCGGCUUACCUGGUGGGAAUACUCCUGGGACAUUAUGGAGCCUGUCACCUAUUUCAUCACUUAUGGAAGUGCCAUGGCAAUGUACGCGUAUUUUGUAAUAACACGCCAGGAGUAUGUUUAUCCAGAAGCCAGAGACAGACAAUACUUACUAUUUUUCCAUAAAGGAGCCAAAAAGUCACGUUUUGACCUAGAGAAAUAUAAUCAACUCAAGGAUGCAAUUGCUCAGGCAGAAAUGGACCUUAAGAGACUGAGAGACCCAUUACAAGUACAUCUGCCCCUCCGACAAAUUGGUGAAAAAGAUUGAUCUGCAAAGAGCCUCUGAGUCCCAGCAGAAAGAACACUUGUUUAUAACUAUUGCCUUUUUAAUUAAAACAUUACAGGUGGAAGCUGGGAGCCAUGUUGGGGUGGAGGGUUUUUACCUUUAAUUAAAAACAAAAACAACAAGGAUGUUAGGGAAGAAAGGAAUGUUAAAAUCUGAAGAUCAAGCUUUGUGAAAUAUAAGCUCAAAGGGCUUAGUUAAUAUUGUCUUAAUCAAGCAUCUCAGUUCCCGGAUGAAAUGAUAAGUUAUAUAUUUGAGAGAUUCAGAAAGAGAAAAUGAUGCUGGGGUGUUAGUUUCUUGCAUCUUCUUUGCAGGUCAGCAAAACAGUAACACACCAGCACCCCACUCAGCUCUAUUUUUUUUUUAUUUAACUUUUCUUAUUUUUGACAUAGGAGUCAAUAAAUAUAUCAGAAAAGCAUAUCCUCAAGAUAUGUGGGUGGCAAACAGAGUCUGAGCCCAGUCAUUAGCAUUUAUUUUAAAUUGGACCCAGCCUCUACAAGUAAACCAGGAAUCCGUCCCGCUUGUGCCCCUUUUCGGACCACCCACCUCCGUUGGUAACAUUAAUUUUAUCCAUAUGAUCGUUGGUACCAAUUUAUUACUGUUGGAUGAUCGACAUUUUGGAGUAUACCUUCUCAAAUGUCUGUAUAUUCCAGUGCUCUGGAUCAGUAUCUAGGAAUCAUUGGCAACACUGCAUGAAGUUUUUUUGUUUAGUUUUGUUUUUUUACUAAUUAAUCUUUGAGAGGAGGCAGAAUUUCUCUCCUUUAACUACCCCAUUGAUAUUCCACUCUCCCUCCAUAACUCAAAUUGGAGGGGGAGUGUUCAGCUGUGUUACCAAAUCGGAAAGAUGAAAGGUUUACAAAGUGGCUAAAAAUCAUGUCUGUGUAGCCAUUUCAGAACCGGAAUGAUUUCAUUGCUGUUAAUCUGCUUGUGUGACAGCAUUCAAGGCCACCAGAUGCCACUGUCUCGUCUGGAGGCUUUGUCAGUCUCGAAGGACACACACACUUGAACCCUGUUUGUGAGCCCUCCCACCUCCACCACUUCAGGAGUUGUAAAUCAAGUGUGUGGAUCACAAAGGGUGCGAUUUAUCUUUAUACAGGCAUACAUUUCUAUGGCUCCUUUCGGCCUACCUUCUUCACCCAAUUUUUUCUUAAAUUGAGAGAAAGAAGCAUUAAUCUUAUACUCUAUCAAAUAUUUUCUACCAUAUUUCCAGUUGACAUGUGCACUUGAAAAUCAAAGGCAUCUGUCCAAUAUUCUGUUUUUAAUUACUGUGGGGGCAGGAGGGAGAGGAAGAUGGGGCUUGCCACACAGCUGAUUGGCUUUUUUCUUUCACAUGAUUCAUCCUCCUCAUUGUGGCAAGGGAUUCCUUUCUCUUUUUCUUUCUCCUUUGGGAUCAUUGUGUAUGAAAAGAAAAAAUUUAAAUGACAAACCCAGACUCCAGGUGCCUUGCAGAGGUUGAAGGCCAGCCAGGAUUGCUGCUGCUGCUCCUGCCACCACCCCUUCCACUGGCAUGAUGGAAUGAAAGGAUGCAUGUCUCCACUUCCCAGCCCCUCCCCACUUCCUUCCCCGCCCCCCCUCACCCCGUCGAAACCUCUUCCUUCAUUUAUUUUUAAGUUGUGUGAAUUAUUUUUAAACCAUUUAUCCUGUUUGUGCACAGGGUUUUUAAGAAGAAACAGCACAGUGCAAUGAGCAAAUCCUUUCAGGAUGUGUGGGAGGCAAGGGAGGGAGGAUGGAUGGGGAGAAAAGUCCUUUAAACAAAUAGUAAAAUAUUGAACAUGUGUAAAAUCCUGUAUCAUUUAUGAAAUAUGUAUAAAAAGCAAUGUAACUUCUGGAACAAUAAAUAAUUAUUCAAUU